CGGGAGACAAAUGAUGUAACACGCGGAAAGUUCCGGAUUGUCUAAAGGUCGCUGAAUAUAAAGCGGCGUGACAGCGUCAGUGUGUAUUUAUUUAAACCCGCAGGUAAACUUACCUAAGUGUUCAACAUGCCGAGAGGAAGCAGAAGCCGGACGUCCAGGAUGUCCCCUCCAGCCAGCCGGGCUCCACCAUCCCCUCCACCUAUGGCCCGGGCUGCUCCCCCUCCCUCCUACGCCCCGGCUCCGAUGCAGGCGCCUCCGUCCGCUGUCGGCACGCCAGCCGCAGCGCCCAGGCAGCCGGGUAUGUUUGCCCAGAUGGCGUCUACAGCCGCUGGGGUAGCAGUAGGCUCGGCGGUAGGCCACACAAUCGGUCACGCCAUGACUGGAGGUUUCAGCGGAGGACACUCAGAGCCUGCCAGGCCUGACGUCACAUACCAGGAGCCAUACCAGGCCCAGCCUGUGUAUCAGCAGGGGGCCCCUCAGCAGCAGCAGCAGCAGCAGGCCUGCUCCUAUGAGCUCAGGCAGUUCGUCGAGUGUGCCCAAAACCAGAGCGACCUCAAGCUCUGCGAGGGCUUCAGUGAGGUGCUCAAACAGUGCAGGUUUGCUAAUG